AUGUCUAGUCAUUCUGAGGACAGUGAAGCUCUUGAAUUCCCAUCCUCUCCUGGAGGGGAGCAGAGGGGCUGGGGGUCAGAUUCUGGGGAUGUCGGGGAGCCAGGAGAGGAGGCAGAUGAUAGGUCCAACCGUAAGGGUCAUCCGGGGCAUGUCGACAUGGUAAUGAGACCAAUUAUGGAGGUCCAAGAGGUUGAAGAGGAUUCUGACCGUGACAAGGUUGAUUUUGAUUUGCCCCAAGUUCUCAAGAUCCAUGUUCCCGCUCGAGUGACCAACCCCAUGUGUCAAAGCAGCCCUGCAGUCAAAGGCUCAAAGGUCAAGCCGAUGAAAAGGGCUCGUAACAAUGCCUUUACUGAUGAAGAAGAUGGGGAGGCAUUGCCCGAGAAGAUGAAAGCCACACCAAAGUGUACGGUCACAAAGGACCCAGCCAAGAAGAAGCAGAAACCAACAAAGCUUCAGCAUGCGAAGAAUUCCACGAAGGACAGGUUCAUCAAGCAGGCACCCAAGAGAGCUGGGCCCUUUGAGCUGAUGGAGAAGAUGGGAUGGGAGAGGUUCCUCUGUGAAGUGGUGGAAAUCACUGGCCAGGAAACGGAGAACCUCGAUACAACAUCUAUGAGCUGGAGUUUUCAGAAGAAAGAAAUGUACCCACUCACCAAUGUUGCCAGCUUCAAGACAAUGGUUACUCAGGUCAAGUCCCUCAAAGAUCCUUCCAGCACUAUCAUUGUCAUUUGCCUGCCUAUCCCAAAGGCGCAACAGACCACAAUCUGGGCUCCACAAACGAUGGCAGAGCAGGUUGAGCAGAGGUUGGGUCAAAUGCCAGAUGACAGUCUGUAUGGGAAAAAGCUUUCAAUAGAUGCACAACUCGUUCCCAUCGUUGAGAAGCUGGAAGAGCUGUAUCCACUUGGACAAUGCCUGCGCCACCCUGACGUCUGCUGCGUGGCAGCUUCAAAUGGAUGGCACUUUGAUAUCGACACUACACGCAUUAAAGUAUGGGCUCUCGCGGUCGUUCGAAGGGUGACAGAUGUUCACUGCAUGCUGUUAGGAACCAACCACUUUCUCACAAACCAGCAGAUUGGGGGUAUGGCUGGUGAUAAGCAUUUGCCUUGCCCUCAGAUGCCUGGUCCCAACAGUUAUACAGUUCAUUCACCCUGGAACAUGGGUUCAGGCCACCCUCAGACAUAUGGGUCUCCUCAGGCCUAUGGAUCACCCCUUGUAUUUAACCAGCCCCAGUACCCAAUGUUUUCUUUGUCUCCUGGAUCCUACCAUCCCAUCCACGGCACUGGCCAUCUGGCCGCUCCUGUCUCACCACCAAAUUCCAGCAAUGCCGGCCCGCACAAGGCCCUCCAUGGAUGGUGCAUGACAAAGAAUCUUGGAGAAGAUGAAUUCAGUGCACUUGUCAAAUUAGGGUACCGAGUUGGUGACAAAUUCGAGGUUGCUGAGCUCGAGCACUGUCCUGACUGGACAUCCCUGGCAUUCUUUGUCAGGCGUCGCGUUCUAGAUGCAAUCUGUGAUGUCUGA